UCAUCCUACUUUCAGUAUAUAACUAGGUGAAAGGCCUAUAGACAAGCUAAUUCACCAACACUUAGGUGCGGUAUGAUUUGGCUAAAGACCAGAAACAGUGUAGGUCUUAAAAGCAGCAAAACUAUAAAUAUUUUGUUUCAGUUGAACUUAAACUAGAGUUUCACGAUGUUGGUUGCACUACAAAUAAUAAUUUUAACUCGGAUACUUGCAUUUCACCCUGUUGUCUCAGACAGGAUUGUCCUGAAGGCAGAUGAAGUUAGGGACUUCCCCGGGAUGUGCUAUGAUGUUCAACACUGUGUGGCACGUCACGUUAACGAGACUUGGACGGUUGGCUCUUGUUCCCUGAAGAGAUGUGAAAAGUAUGAAAGCAAUAUGUUGCUGGAAGUGCAUUACAUGUGUCCACGGUUUCAGAAAGGACCAUCACUUAAGUGUGAUGUUGUAGAAGAUAAGCGAUUACCAUACCCAGAGUGUUGUCCGAAACUGAUCUGCGAAAAGGAAUAUUCCGAUAUCAUUGUCUCCAAAACUAAGGUAUCAACUCCCGAAAGCAAAGGAUUAUUCCCACAACUUCAUCACAGCGCUGUUUAUCAGAACUCCCUACAAAAUACCGAUGAUGAUGUCCCCUCAAUUUCGAAUGUAUCUGUCGCUGCGUAAAUAAUUUGAGACCUUUUAAUCAACUGUAUAGAAAAGGGGGAAGGAAUGUAAUAUAUUAGCUAGUUUCAUUCUUCACUAUUGUCAUUAUAUAUUCGGAUCCUUUAAAAAGGAAUGAAAAAGGUAAUUAUGUAAAGUAGUUUCAAUAGGAAGUUCAAGGGCGUUUUUGUAUUACUUAUAUUUUACAAGCUGGUACAUCGUACUGUCAGUACUUUACGAUACAUUUUGUAUUGUAUACGCU